ACUAGCAGCCUCACACAUAUGAUUCAUGUCUCCUUAUAGCAAUAUCACAGGUUCUAGCUAGUACCACAAGUCUAGUCAUUUUCUUCCUUUUUGUUCCUCUUUGUUGUCUCUUCUGACUAAUUUAAUUCCAAAUCUUUCUUUCCCAAUGAUGCACUUUACCGGCACUAGUACUCCUCCACAAAUGCACCAAAUCGCGCCAUUUUCAGGUUUUUACAGUAGUAUUAACCAAGUAGUCCACAGUACUCUACCACCAUGGCCUCACUCAAUAUUUCAGCCUUCAUCAAGGUCCCUCCGCGACUCCUAUUCCAUUGAGCAAUUACUAAUCCACUGUGCCAAUGCAAUCGAAACUAAUGACUCAACAUCAACACAACAGAUCCUAUGGGUUCUAAAUAACAUUGCACCCUCAGAUGGUGAUUCCAGUGAACGCCUCACUUGUGCCUUCCUCCGAGCCCUCGUGACUCGUGCAGCUCGAUAUGGCACUUGCAAAGUCAUUCCUUCAAUUCCUAAUGUUCAGAAGCCUAUCUACAAAUUCUCCAUGAUGGAACUAGCCAGCUUCGUUGACUUAACUCCGUGGCACCGGUUUGGCUUCACAGCUGCUAAUGCAGCCAUUUUAGAAGCUGUGGAAAGCUACUCAGUCAUUCACAUAAUUGAUCUGAGCUCAACUCAUUGCAUGCAAAUUCCCACUCUUAUUGAAGCUCUAGCUAACCGCGUCAAGAUCCCCACACUAGUCAAGCUAACUAUCGCGAGUGCCACCAACAAUAUCCGCCCUAUUUUCAACAUAUCGUACCAGGAUUUAGGUACAAAAUUAGUAAACUUUGCUAGGUCUCGUAAUAUUGUAUUGGAAUUUAAAGUAAUUUCUUCUACCGCUUCAAACGGAUUUCUGUCACUAAUUGAUGAACUAAAGAUUCAACAACUUGUACAUCCCAAGCGAGACGAGGCUCUAGUAGUGAACUGCCACAUGAUGCUCCACUACAUUCCUGAAGAAACCCUAAAUCCGCAGAUGAAUUUUCUCGAUUCUUCCUCAGCAUCUUUCAGAACCAUGUUCCUUAAAGCAGUACACAGUCUCAACCCAACACUAGUUCUGUUAGUAGACGAAGAUGCAGAUCUUACGUCAAAAAGUUUAGUGUGCCGCUUGAGAUCAGCAUUCAACUAUUUGUGGAUACCAUAUGAUAUAAUCGACACGUAUCUUCCACACGACAGUAAGCAGAGGCAGUGGUACGAGGCAGAUAUAGGGUGGAAAAUAGAGAAUGUGGUGGCAGAAGAUGGUUCUAGAAGAGUGGAGAGGGCGGAGGCUAAGAACAAGUGUGUGGAACGGAUGAGAAAUGCGAAAUUUAGAGAGGUUGGUUUUGGAGAAGCAGCAGUAGAUGAAGUGAGGAGUAUGUUGGAUGAGCAUGCAGCUGGGUGGGGAUUGAAGAGGGAACAAGAACAUCUUAUGCUUACUUGGAAAGGACAUAGUGUUGUUUUCGCAACUGCAUGGAUACCUAAUUCGUUCGACCAAUGAAGCUUAAGCUUUUCUUGAUGGUUGAUUUGAUCAUUACUUUCUGUUUAUCUUGUUCUGUAAUUACUAUCAGUUUCAUAAUAGUUGUUCCAGUUGCAUGUAUCAUAGUAUCAUUGCUUUAAGAUAUGCCAUAGUUGAGAUCAGUGCAAUACUAGAAAAA